AGAGAGAAAAACAAGAAACUACAUGAAGUCUAAAAGACUCAGAGAGAAGAACAGUUGCAGAAAGACAAACUGGAGCUGGGAGACACAAACUGGGACAGACCGAGACUGACAGAGGAGGCUGUGGAAAAUGUCCUGGUUUGACUUUUGGAGCAGCAGGAUGCAGCGAGCAGAACAUAAGAGAACUGCAAUGUUAAACCCCUCACAGAGAAACCAGUUACACGGCAACCAUGAAGUUCGAGCGGAGCUACGGAACGAGACAAUGACGUCUCUGCUGCCCCCUGUUGGUAAGGAGGUCUUCAGACGCUUCACACCAGCCUCACUGGAAGAGAGCAAACAAGAACAAGAAGCUGAGAAGGACAAAAAGAAACCAGAAAAGGACAAGCCCAAACCAGCCAAUCACCUAAAGGCAGGGAGACCCCUCCCUUUUAUUUAUGGGGACCCACCCCCCGAGCUUCUCAGCACCCCUCUGGAGGAUCUGGAUCCCUUCUACCAUUCUCAGAAGACCUUCGUCGUGCUCUGUACACCAAAGAUCAUCCACAGGUUUAAUGCUGAGUCCGCCUGCUACCUGCUCAGUCCGUUCAACCGUCUGAGGACCUCCGCCAUCAAGAUCCUCCUCCACCAAUUGUUCAGUGUGAUCCUCAUCCUGACGAUUUUAACCAACUGUAUAUUCAUGACGUUCAGCGAUUCAUUGCUGACCAGAAGUGUGGAGUAUGUGUUCUUGAUCAUCUACACCUUUGAGGUCCUCGUGAAGCUUUUGUCCAGGGGAGUCUGCUGUGGACAAUUCACCUUCCUCAGAGAUCCCUGGAACUGGUUGGAUGUCCUCAACAUCACUGCGUCUUUUACAACAAUAUGUGUUCCUCUGACUAAACUAGAUGCUUUGAAAACAAUUCCUCGUGUACUGAAGCUCUUCAGCUACACACCAGGUCUGAAGAAGACAACUGAAAGGCUUGUGAGAUCAUUGAAGGGGCUGGCUCACGUCCUGGUCCUGACUGCGUUCAUCCUCAGUAUCUUAGCUCUGAUUGGCACAGAGUUUUUCAUGGGUGUCCUCAGACAUAAAUGUGUCUCAUUAUUCUCGUUUCAAAUAAUGCAUGAACCGACCACUCUGCCACCUGAGCACAACUUCACUGAAGCAUCUAUUGGCUAUGGGUACUUUUACUACCAGGAAUACAUCAACAACCCAGAAAACUUCUAUGUCCGGAAUCAUGAGCCUCUGUUAUGUGGGAACGCCUCAGAUGCUGGGGUCUGUCCCACGGACUUCACCUGUUUGAAGGCUGGGAUGAGUCCAGACGACGGAUACAUCAACUUUGACAUGUUUAGUAUGUCUCUGCUGAGUGUGUUCAGACUGCUGACACAGGACUUGUGGGGACAACUGGUGCAGUUAACGUUGAGAGCAGCAGGUAAAUCCUACCUUAGUGUCUUUGUGCUCAUCCUCUUCCCUGGAUGUUUCAUGGUGGUCAGCCUCAUUGUGGCAGCAGUUGCCAAAGAGCACGUGAAACAGGAAAAGGCCGAGGAAGCCGAGGCAAAAAGGGCAGAAGAAGAGUUUCGGCGGGUUGUGAAGGUGCUGAAAGCGAAUGAGAAGAAUGGGGCCACUGGUGGGACGGAGGUCCUGGAAGAAAGCGACUCACCACAGAAGAAGAAACCAGCAACAAAAGCUCACGAUCGUGUCACAGUGAACGGUGGUGAGGAUCACCUCCAGCCUUUGUGUUGCUCCUGUUGUGAUGAAGUCCUGAGGGGAGACUGUUGCAGUUGCUCACAGUGGCUCAAACAGAAGCUACGUCCCUUUGUGCUGCAUCGUUACUUUGACCUGGCAAUUAUUGCUUGCCUCAUCUUAAACACCAUCUUAAUGGCCAUGGACCAUUACCCAUUGAGCUAUGAAGUGGCUGAGCUACUGCACAUUUCAAACCUGGUCUUCCUUACAAUCUUCACAGCAGAACUUCUCCUUAAAGUUCUGGCUCUGGGUGUUAAAGGCUACUUCCAGGUGAGAUGGCACAUCCUUGACUGCGUCAUUGUCAUCACCGGCCUGUUGGAAGUUAUGCUGAGUGACGUGGAAGGGCUGAGUGUGCUGCGCUCAUUGCGACUGCUGCGACCGCUGAGGUUGGCUCGUUGGUGGCCCGACUUCGCUAUGCUGAUGAAGAUUGCCUGGUUUUCAGUCGGAAAUCUCGGCCUGGUUCUGGUGUUUGUGGUCUUCAUGUUCGCCGUGGUUGGCAUGGAGCUCUUCCAGCAGGACUAUGUGAUGCAUUACUGCAGCAGCCCAUCCGGAUGUGAGCUUCCACGCUGGCAUAUGGUCGACUUUGCCCACUCCAUCUUGCUCGUCUUCAGACUCUUGUUCGGCGACUGGCAUGAGACAAUGAGAGGCUGCAUGGAAGCGUCCAACAAGGGGCUUUGUGUCAUCUACUUCAUGGUGGUUCUGGUCAUUGGAAACCUGCUGGUGCUGAGUCUGUUUCUCUCCCUGUUGCUGAGCCCACUGUGUGCUAAAAAGCCACGAGCAGCAGAGGGACAAGAGAAAAAUAAAAGUCAGACUGGUCCCUGGAAACUGGAGUUUUUCAGAACUUUAAUAGGAACGAGGAUCUGUGCUGAAACUGAUUACAAAGCAGUCAAGUCUAAGAACAACGACCAGAAGGACCAUAUGGCCUUAAUCACCGUCAGCUCAGAACAGCCGCCCCUUAAAGAUUCAAUCAAAGACUCUAGCAUGGUGGAGCUCAGCAGGUCUGCCACUGGCGAGUUCAAAAUCCAAGAUGAAGACAAUGAUCAGGAAGGGAACAACUUGCAGAAGCUUCAGGACAACAAAAAUCAGCCAGAAAACACGCCAGGAGACUGCUGCUGGGCUGUUUGUUACAGGUGCUGUGCGAUCCAGGAUGUAGAUACAUCCCAGGGCGUAGGGAGGGUAUGGCAUAGGUUCAGGAAGGUGUGUCUCCUCAUCGUUCAACACAGAAUGUUUGAAGUCUUCAUGAUCUUGGUCAUCCUGCUGAGCAGCGCUGCUUUGGUGUUGGAGGACACCCUCCUGCACCACCGUCCGGUCCUGCAGAUGGUUCUGGACAAAGCAGAGCUGGUGUUAACCUGUGUGUUCCUGGUGGAAAUGCUUCUCAAGUGGAUCGCCUUUGGAUUCAAGAAAUACUUCAGCAGCUUCUGGUGCUGGCUGGACUUCCUCAUCUUAGAUGUGUCUCUGUUCAGCUUGGUUGGUAACUCGCUGGGAUACUCCACCGAAUCCCUGAGGACCCUGAGGGCCCUGAGGACAAUGAGGGUCCCGUCUCGCUUCAAAGGCAUGAGGGUGGUGCUGCAGGGCAUGGCGGCAGCCUUCCCCUCCAUGUUCAGCCCACUUCUUGCUGUUCUGACAGUCUGGCUGAUCUUCAGCAUCCUGGGAGUGAACCUGUUUGCAGGAAGGUUUUCUCACUGUUUCAAUGAGACAGCCCAGACCCCAUUGCACUGGGAUGAAGUGGACAACAUGAGUGGUUGUUACCAUCUGAUUUACAACAACUUCACAGAGGUCCAAUGGAAGAACGAUGAUUUUACCUUUGACAACGUGGGGACGGGUUUUCUUUCGCUGCUGAUCAUGGCCACAUCGGAUGGGUGGGAAGGCAUCAUGCAAUCUGCUGUGGACUCCACAGAGGUGUGGAGACAGCCGACGUAUGAGUCCAAGUUCUACAUGUACCUGUACUUUGUCUUUUUCAUCAUCUUUGGCUGCUUCUUCACCGCCAACCUCUUCAUCAGGGUCUUCGUCAAUGCUCUAUAUGAGCAGAGAAACAAGGCUGGAGGGAAACAUGUCUUCGUGACGGAGGAGCAGCUGAAGUUUCACGGAAAAGCAAGGAAGAUGUUCGCUAAGUCACCUGAGAAAGCUGCUCCACGCCCACAGAACCGGUGCCAGGCGUGGCUCUUUGACCUGGUCACUGCUCCGCUGUUUGAGAUGCUGGUGGUGGCACUGAUCUGUGUGUAUGUCGUGGUGAUGAUGGUUCUGGAAACGGACAACCAGUCUACGGAGACAGAAAUUAUAUUGUACUAUUUCCACUUUGUCGUCCUGAUUCUCUUCUGCAUCGAGUUCUUCCUGAAGAUCAUUGCACUGAGACAGCACUACUUCAGUUAUGGACUAAAUAUCCUGGACUUUGUGGUCCUCCUCUUGAUGACCAUAGGCCUCUUCUUCGCUGAUCUGAUGGAAAAGUAUUUCGUCUCCCCGAUUGUCCCCCCUAUAUUUCGACUGGCUCGUAUCAGCAGAGUCCUCCCUAUACUUCGACUGGCUGGUAUCAACAGAGUCCUCCCAUUUUUCCGCUGGACCAGGGGGUUAUGGACGCUGAUAGUAGGCUUCAUGAUGUCUAUUCCUGCCCUCCUCAACAUCGGCCUCAUCUUCUUCCUUGUGGUGUACACCUAUUCCUUUGUUGGGAUGCGUACCUUUGGCCUCAUAAAGGAGGAAGGGGCGUUGGACGACAUGACCAACUUCGAGACAUUUGGGAACAGUAUGAUCAGUAUGACUCUCAUCAGCACUUCCUCUUUUUGGGACUCUCUGCUGAUUGCCACCAUGAAAACGCCUCCAGAUUGUCACCAAGGCACACCUGACUCACCUUCAGACUGUGGAAACCCAACAGCAGGCAUCAUCUUCUUUUCCUCCUACAUCCUGCUGUACCUCCUGCUGGUGGUCCACCUCUUCGUUGCCGUCGUCCUGGAGAGCUUCAACAGCAGCGAACUGGAGGAAGCCGAACUGCUGCAGAUGUUUUACAACACCUGGAGCAAGUUUGAUCCGGAAGCCUCGCAGGUCAUUCAGUACAGAGAGCUGUCGGAUUUUUGCGACGCGCUCCAGGAUCCGCUGAGGAUACCCAAACCAAACAGCAUCCGACUGACCUACAUGGAUCUGCCUCUGCUUCCAGGAGACCAGAUCUGCUGUAAUGAUGUCCUGCUGGCGGUCAUGACGCAGGCAUUUGGUGAAGCGGGACAUGCAAAACUGGAGGAGUUGAGCACCAACAACCCAGCAAAGGCGUCUCACGAACCAAUCAGCAGCACCAUGCGGAGGAAACAGGAAGAGGUGGCGGCAGCGGUGAUCCAGAGAGCCUUCCGGAAGCACCAGGUGCAGAACGGAGCUGAUGGAGACCAGCCAACCGGAGCAACCACAGGAGUGUCUUCCCAGUGAUAACUUGAUGGCGUUUCCUGCCUGAGAGCCGUUCGGUGUGGAAACUAGCCGCUGGAAAUUUUUCCAUCUUGUUCUUUUUUUUUUUUUUUUUCUCAUAUUUUUUAUUGGAAAAAACACAAUAUAAUGCUUUCAAACAUGGAAAUACAAUUUCCGUGUGCACAUAUGCAUGUGCACACGGAAACAUAUACACACAGAAAAAACGAAGAUAACUACACAAAAACAAAACGAAAACCCACUCUAAUAAUAAUGUAGAAGAAAAUGAUUAAAUUGAAUCACAGUGCCGUGUAGUAAACAAUAAACAACCCCCCACCCACGCCCCCACUCGGCUCAACUCAACAAACACACAUAGUACAGGUUAUUUGUUCAACAUAAUAAAUACAACAAAAACAGACACACAUUCAAUUGGGUAGAACGUCCAAAUUAGUAAAAUAAGAAAUAAAAGGUUGACAUUUGUGGAAAAAUUUGACUGUACAUCCUCUCAUUGUGAAUUUAAUUUUCUCAAAUUUAAAAAAAAACAUGACAUCUUUGAGCCAUAGAGAGAUAGAAGGAUAUCUAGCAGACUUCCAAUGUAACAGUAAGAAACGUCUUGCUAGUAAGGAUGUGAAAGCUAUAAUGUCCUUUUGUGUAGGGUUAAGUACAAUUAAGGGGUUAGGAAUACCAAAUAUAGCAAUCAGUUUUCCAUCUUGUUCUGAAGAGAGUUUCUCUGAUCCAGGUUCUGCUAGCAUGAGCAGUUCUGCAGAACAAGGAACAACAGCUCUAACGUCACGCAUAGCUCAGAGAAACCUCCACUGAGUUGUCCUGUUUUAUUAUAUUUCCACUUUUCCUCCCUACAGGAGAUGAAGUGAUACCACAGUGACAGAACCUUCGUAUGUAAUCUCAUGUUCUAAUAUGUUCUUGACCAAAGAACUAACAGCGCGUCUCUCAGUCAGUAACUAACAGACUUCUAACCCGAACUGUUGCUGGGAACCAUGAACCAGCAGUAUCAGCUGAUCUGAACCAGCUGUCAGCAGAACCUCUGGUCCCCCGACUGCAGUAAUGUCUUUACUGAGAAAUCAGAGCGACACAUUAUGCUAUUAUUAAAAAACUUUAAAACAUUUAAACAAUUAUUUACCCACCCUUUAUAAUUCUUACAUCAUAUUAGGCUUCUGGCAUUUUUGUACUGCUUAGAAAACCAGAAAUAAAUCAACAUGAACAA